GCUGAUGAGGAUGAUCUGCUGAAUAUCCCUUUCGAGUAGGAUAUUUUUCGUGCGCUGCUGAAUAAAAUUGAAAUGACCAUUUCAUGAAUUUGUUUUCUCUUCUCCUUGAUUAUUUUCCAAAGUUUUAGCUUCUUUUUAUUUUUGUUAAUUAUUGAAAAGAUAAAAGAGUGUUAACAAGGUAAUAUAUCUAUGGACUAGUGAUUUUUUUAAUAAUAUCGCGUGUGGAAAUUAACCUUUAUCAGAACCCUACAACUGGAAGCGAAACGAAACAGAUAACGAAACCUACAACAGUCGCACGACAAAAAUCCAACUCUGCUAAACCCAAGCAAGAGACAGAUAGCGAACAAAUCGAAAACCAAAGAGAAUUUUGGUUUGAAACUGGGUUAUUUUUACAGACAAUUUGAAAAAAUUGUAUAGAUAUUCACAUGAAUUUUGGAGGGACGAAUGAGAAACACAUUAAUGUUUUUGUACCAUAAAUCGCGAUAUAAAAUUGGAAUAUUUCCAGCUUCAACGGUUGGUGAAUGUUUUCGUUUUAUAAUCAAUCUCUCUUAAAUUAUAUUAAUAUUGUAGAUAAAAAUAAAUUACACAAAUGUUGCCAUGAUAGGAAAAUGGUUCCCCGUCUACAGAAGAAAAUCAACAUUGCAACAAUUUUUCAACGGUCAAUAUAUUGAUGACACCUGUACAUGUGUUGUUUCUGUUUUUGGUCCCCUGCAGCAGCAUGCUCGACAAACUGCACGAAACGAACUGCUCGAAUAGGGUAAUUUUAUCGACUGCCAAAUAUCCCUUCAAGCUGUCCCGUGAAGAGAACGGAGAAACAGAACAGGCAAAGCAGCGUCGCAACUUCAACAACUUCGUUCGUUCGUUCAGCGUUAGUUUUCGCUUCUUUUUACGAUAUUUUUCACCGAUGGCCGUACCGUGUUGAGCCGUUUGGUUUCGCUAAACGUGAAUCCCGCAACAAGGUGUCCCGGUACCGUUCCGGAAAUGGCCGCUACGGUUUGGAUUUCGUCUUGCAAUAUUGUGUGUUUCGGUGGGCCAGGGCCCCAUUUUUUCGCAGCAGCAGCAGCACCAAGUUCGUCACGGAGCUUCACCACCUCUGCUACCUUUACCCUGCGCGGGCAGGGUGUGUAGUCGUUGCACGGUUUGCAUAACACAGUUACUUCAUGGCUGUGAAAAAAAUGAAACGAAACAUACAAAAAGAACGGAUUCUCUUGAAACAAGCGUUGAUUGCUAUCUGUGCGUGUGUGUGCGAUAAAUAAAUGUGUGCCAAGAAAUGCAAUGAAAACAAAGCGAAUCUUUGUGUUAUUUUUAUUGUUCUACCUUGUACCUUCAUUGUUGUAUGUAUUUUGCCAUGUUAUUUAUAUUUACAAGCUUUAUUGUUAUUACAAGUGUUUUCUCCUUGUUAAUUAAAUUAUGUUUUUGUUAGCUGUGUCUUAAAAUUUCGUUAAUAUGCGUUAACAUUUUCAACGCGUUUUUGCAGUAAAGAGAUUUAAUGUUUGUUUUAGUUAUGAAACAUUGGAUUGAGAUUAAGUGAGCUAUCAUCGCUUAUUUAACGUAUUUUCACUGUUUAUUAUAUAUUUCUGUUUUUUAAACUUCAUCCAUAGGAGGGUUGAAUGUUUAUAUAUUUCUAUAAAGUGUAAAAUUUUCUUUAAAAACAACAAAUCAUAAUGAUGCAACAACAUUAUUUUCAGGAUUAAAAAAAAUGAAAGUGUCUUGUCUAAUAAAUGUCUCUCCUUACCGUUGAUAAUAUCACAACAGUGCAUAUAAAUAAGAGCGCAAAAUACAUAAACAUAUUGUGAACAAUAUUCACAAUGAUUUCAUCAAGCAACAGAAAAACAAAAAUGGAUUCGAUUGAACAAGCGUUGGUCUGUGCUGCUCAAGCAUAAGUCAAUUAUCCUAACCAUAGAAAACAUUUUGGGGUGUACAUUUGCGUGUGUAUGUCUAUGUACACGCGCAUCAUUUCACCCCAUUUCUUCCCAUUUCAGGAUAUCCCUAUUUAAUGAAACGAACAACUUAGUUAUAAUGAAAUUACGCGAAAAAAUACAUUUUAAGAUUUAAACUUUAGAAAAAGUUUUACAAAAUUAUAAACCUCGCAUUAUUUAUAACUUACAUUUAACUAUAAUUAUAUCUUAAUACAUAUAUUGAACUAUAUACUAUUAAUAAUAACGGAAUCGCGCAACGGAGCGGGUAGAACUUAUACACAGCAGACAAACAAAACAGAACAAACACUGCAAAAAAAAACUUCUUACCCUUCCCACACACUUUUACAAUAAAACAAAUUCCACACAAAUUAAAAAAACGAACGAACGCAACAAAAUGACUACUCGCAAACAGACAAAAUUCUCCACCAAAAUUCAGUUCUACCUGAAGCACAGAGAGUCGCGCAUACUGAAGCUGUGCAACGAUACCAUAGGUCCAGUGCCGAACGAUUCACUGAGCAAAGCGAUCUUCAGACUGUUGUCCAAGCCGGUAGACAAUAAAGGCAUUAUACAACUUUUUGUCGACAAGGGUCAGCAAUCGGCGCAAUCGAACGUCACGAGUAACAGCAGCAGCAACAACACUGUGAAGACCGUACUGCCAGAGUAUCAGAAGGAGGUGGAACGCUUUCAUGGGCGCAUCAUCUGUAACGACAACACCUGCAUCAUCGACCCGGUCGCCUCUCCUAAGAACGACAGCAAUUCGAAUCCUCGCACACAUUCCUUCCGAAUUGUCUCGUUCAGCAAGGAGAGCGAAGCGACACGGGGCGGUGGUGGUGGUGGUGACGCGUUUGCCAACACCGACGAUGAGGCGGGUGGUGCGUCGGCCGAGCAGGAGCAAGCACAGAAUCUCAUCACCCGAUCGCCGGCGUCACCGUCGACGGUUACUGCCACCAACGUCGUACCGAUGGCGGGUGGCUCGACCAGUAACCAUAAGGCGAUCCUGAUGUGCUUCAGCUGCAAGCUCAGCUUCGGCACCUGUCGAUCCUUUAUAGCGCAUGCCAAAAUAGAGCACAGUCUCACACUGAACGACUACGAGCGGAUGCUGCUGGAGAAGAACUACAGCAGUGCCAUCAUACAGACGAAUGCUGAGAAGCAAUUCUUUUUUCUGGUUCCUUUCGAAGAGAAAUCUUCAGCCAAUAGUAACAGUAGGAAACAUGUCGAGAGCGAAGAGAGAUACAAGACCAAUAGUAGUAAUAGCGGUAGCAACAGCAGUAGUAGUAGCAGCAGCAGCAGCAGCAGUAUGAACAGUGCUACCAACGCGAUCGGUACCGGUAGUACGGUGGGUAGCAAUCCUACCAUCCUAGGCAAUAGUAACAUCAAUGGCAAUCACAACACCAGCAACAGUAGUGGCAGCAAUGGAAACAACAACAACGGCAGCAGCAGCAUCAGCAGCAACAGUACGAACAAUGGUAUCCUUGGGUUGCUAUCACAGCAACAGUUGCAAUUACAUCAACAACAGCAGCAACAUCAACAGCAACAACAGCAGCAGCAGCAACAACACCAACAGCAACAACAACUUCAACUGCAACAACACCACCUACAGCAAUCGGUUUCUCAUCCUGCGGACGCAUUCCCGCCCGGUAGCAUCGGGUUCGACACCACUGGCAGCUUUCCGAAGCUCACCGCCAACAAUGCGCUACUUUACGAGCAAAGCUGGAAACUAGCGGCAGAAAAGUACAGCAAUGCGAUGAACGAAAGUGCUGCGAUUGCGGCUGCCGCCGCCGCCGCAGCCGCUGCUGCUGCAGCCGCUGCCAGUGAUGGCGAAAAGAAAGUAACCGGCAACGGUGGCAAUGGAGGCAGCGGUGUGGCCAGCGCUGCCGCCGCAGCCGUCAGUGGGAAGUUGCUGACCGAUUUUCUGAACCAGCAGAAGAUGCUUAGCACCGUAGGUGACAAUCUGUAUAGCAAGCAGAACAAGUUUCUCGAGCUGAUCAGUUCGGCAACCGACAUGAAGCUGAAUCCGCUGGCGGCAGCUGCGGUGGCGGCGGUAGCCUCCAACAAGGGUGCUGGACCGGGUGUGUUAUCUGAUAUGGGUGCCAGCAGUGGGGGUGGUGGUGGCGGUGGUGGUGACUUCCAUCUAAAGAAGUAUAGCCCGGUCGAUCUGUACAAGCAGUUGAUUGCGAACAACUUCCGACCGGAAGCGAUGGACGUCGGGGAGGAGUUGAAGAACGAACAUCAGAUCAGCGUGAAGAAGCUGGAACCGGAACCCUCGACUGCAUUCCGGAACAGCAACUUCAGUCCGAACAUUUCGACACGCAACUCCUGCAAGACGCUCAAAUGUCCGCAGUGCAACUGGCACUACAAGUACCAGGAAACGCUCGAGAUACACAUGCGUGAAAAGCAUCCGGACGGUGAGACGGCCUGCAGCUACUGUCUUGCCGGUCAGGCUCAUCCACGUUUGGCCCGGGGCGAAUCGUACACCUGCGGAUACAAGCCGUACCGGUGCGACAUCUGCAACUACUCCACCACCACCAAGGGCAACCUGUCGAUUCACAUGCAGAGUGACAAACAUCUGAACAACAUGCAGGACCUGAACGGUAUGAUGAACAAAAGCAACCAGAGCUUCCUUAACCUCGCGACACUGCAGGCGAACGAAAAGGUGGUGAACAGUUCGCGCAAUCAGUAUAUGGCGGCGGCCGCCGUUGCCGCAGCAAGUGCCCCACUGUCCUCGAUGUCGGGCAAGCUCGGUGGUGGUGGUGGUGUUGGUGUUGGUGUCGGUGUUGUUGGUGGUGGCGGUGGUGGCGGCGGCGGAGGUGGUGGUGGUAGCGUCCAGUCUAAGGAGUCGGGUCCGGUCGGGUAUGAGACCGGAGGCCGUCCCAAAUCCUUCUUCAAGUGUGACAUCUGCAACUACGACACGAACAUCGCGCGCAAUCUGCGCAUCCACAUGACGAGCGAAAAACAUAUCAGCAACCUAAACUCGUUCCAGUCCAGCUACAAUCAGCUGAAGAGCCUGCAAAGUCUGCAGCAACAGUCCCAGCAGCAAUCGGACAAUCUCGACUACCUGAGCGCGAUCAAUCUGAACACGCUGAAGGAAGAUUCACCGAUGGCCCGAGUGGACGAGUAUACGGCGGCGGCGGCAGCGGCUGCUGCUGUUGCGGCCGCUACCGCUAGCGCCGCUGGCAAUAACAGUACCGGCAGUGGCAGUAGCAGCAGCCUAAAACCACUGUCGAUGCCCUCGUCACCGUUCGGUGCACCGCUCGAGACGGCCACGCCUGAUUCACUCUUCCUGAAUCAGCCGUCACCGUUUAGUGGGGCCAGCGAACCGGGCAACGAGCGGGACUACCAUCACCAUCAGUUGGACGAGGACAAAAAUCCGCUCCACUUCGAUCCACCGAUUCGGCUGUCGCUCGAUCCCGCAACGUACUACAGCUGUCUGGUGUGUGCGGACUUCGAGACGAACAAUCUGGAGGAGCUAAAGAAGCACGUGCUGAAGGAUCGGACCAGCAGCGCGAUGGAUGCGAUACUGGUCGCCGGCCAGGAGUGUCUCCUCUGCGGGCAGAAGGCACACGACCGAUCGGAGCUGGAACGGCACCUGAAGGCGGAGCACCAUCUGAGGCGGCUCGAGCUGAUGAUCCAUCUGCUAGAGGGGCGUGACAAAACCGCUACCAAGUUGCGCCAGUUCGUCGGACAGGAGCUGUACAAGAAGCUGCAGCUUAUAUUCCCGUUGGCGGAGGAACCGAAAUUUCCGUAUGAUGAGAUGCCAAGCGUCAGUGAAAUUUCGCGCUCUCCGCUAAUGUUGCUACUCGAGCCAAAAACCGAGCUUAUCGAGCGGGAUUUCUCUACCGGUGCGAACGGUAUCGAUAGUGAACAAUCAUCUUCCACCUCGUGUCCGGAUAAUGUGCAGCUCAAGUGUAACUGUUGCAACUUCUACACCACCUCGCUGGAGAAGAUCGGCAUACACAGUCUGUCGGAGAAGCACAUCUUCCGGCGCAUCUGUUUCGACUAUCUGCUGCUAAUCUCGAGCGAAAAGUCCAGCCUGGCGAACGUUGGCGUGAAGAGUGAAGAUGGAGCAAAACAGCAGCAGCAAUCCUCGCCGAAAGCUAACCAGCUGAUGCUGACCUGCGUGCCCUGUUGCUUCAAGACGGACCACAUCUACUACAUGAUACAUCAUCUCAAGAAGAGCUGCAAGGUGGAGCAAAACAUUAACCUACUAGGGUUGCGCAACAUUUUCAAGCUGACCGCUAAAGGUUUAGACGCCCAAGAUGCAAUGGAUACGGGCGACAAUGGGCUAUGCAGCAUACUGCAGGAGAAGAAGAUGUGGAACGGUGAGAAUGCCAGCAACCGUCAGGCAACCGGUGGUUGCAAGGAUCGCUGUCUCGUGUGCAGCGUGUGCAACAAGUUCUCCUCGAAGAAGGUAAACGUUAUGCAACACCUGUUAGCGAAUCAUAACGCCGGUAACGAGCUGCUCGGUGGUACGGAACUAUCACCGAACGUGCCAUCGCUGGCCCGGAAACCGUUCGACUAUUUGCGCACACUGACCGAGGCACGUUGUGCUCAGAAUUUGCGUCAAAUUGAGAAGGUCACCUUCAUGAGUGAUUCGUUCGCGCUGAAGGAGAACUGUAACGAUCUGAAGCACGGCAACCUGGCGGAGAUGCUGGAGCAGUAUGUAGCGCGCCAGGAUGCGAACGAUAGCUUUACUGCCCGUUCGCCACCGCUGGAAAAGCAGCAGCAAUAUUCGCCGACCCUGUCCUGUCCACUGUGUGCGGAAGCGUUCCUCGAUCAGGCAACGGUGGAAACGCACGUGCUGCGCGUCCAUAAUAUCAAGAUGGACGGGUUGAAUCGGCUGCUGAAGCUGGUCGAUACCUCGCAAUUUUUGAAAACGACCAACGGCAAACAGCAGCCAACGAGCAACAGUAGCAGCCCGGUGGAGAAGCCAGGGUCGCCCCAUUCACCGUCCGGCGGCAAGGAGGGUUCGGUGUCGCCGGGUGUACCGAGCAUCCGGUGUUCGUACUGUAAGGCACCGUUCGACACGAUGGUUGACCUGAAGAUACACUGUAACGAGAGUAGCCACUUUCGGCGCAGUGCAGAUUCGGACGAUCUCGCCUGCUUCCUGCACGACUGCAAGGACGCAUUCGAUAAUUUGGCCGAUCUGAAUCAACACUUCAAGGCGAGCCAUCUGAACUUUCUCAUCUCGGAGCAUCACACGUACCGGUACCGUUGUAAGCAGUGCCCGUUCGCGUUCAAAACGCACGAAAAGCUGAGCCGCCAUCUGUUCUACCAUUCGUUGCGCGAGUCAACCAAGUGCUUCUACUGCGACCAUCACUUCAAGAACAUCCAUUCGCUGACGGCACAUAUCGCAGAGAAGCAUCCGCAGGAGGCGCUUCAGUCCGGCAAGCCAUCACCGCCGGGCAUCGCGUCACCGGAUGCUUCCAUUCUCUUCUUUAAGGAUCUCAAACGGAAGAUGCUAAAUAACCAGCAGCAGCAACGGAACGGGUUGAGUCCGCGUUCGGAUCGGUCCGGUGGUCGGGACGCACGCGACAGUGUCGAUGAGGAUCGGCUGAGCGAAAAGUCAGUUAGCUCGAAAAGCAGCAGCUUUUACUACGACAAAAGUCUCGACGGUAGCGGCACGUCCGAGGGGCGUUACACCUGCACGGACUGUCAGUUCACCUUUACCGAUUCCGGUGCGCUCGAGCGCCAUCUUGCCACGGCCUGUCAUAUGCCGCGCGACGACAAAGCGUCACCUGACUCAUUGGCUGCCUCGCUGAUGUCUUCCCUCGCCAAGCAUCACCAGCAGCAACAGCAACAGCAGCAACAGGUACAACAGCAGCAGCAGCAGUCGCAACACAACCAGCAGCCGCUGACGACGACGACAUCAUCCUCCUCUUCCUCUUCCUCCACGCAAAUGAGCUCCCUGUUCUACGAUAUCAAGUCGGAGAAGUUUACCAACCCGAACCGACCGUUCAAGUGCACGAUCUGUAUGGAAAGCUUCACGCAGAAGAACAUUUUGCUCGUGCACUACAACAGUGUAUCGCAUCUGAACAAGCUGAAAAAGCUAAAGGCGGAGAAAGGUUUCGCACAGAUGUUUACCGGUUCCCUGCUUGGGGCAGAUAUCGGUGGUACGGUGGAUGGCUGUUCGGAUCGGGGCAAGAACUCUCCCUCACCAACCGUACCGUUUGGUGAGAAAGCAGUCACACCCUUCUCGAUGCCUUCGUUUGCUGAGGGUUGUGGUGGCGGCAGUGGCAGCAGUGGCGGUAGUGGUGGAGGUGGAGAAAAGCGUAAAGAGGUCGGCGACGAGAAGGAAUCAGCGCGCAAAAAGUUCAAGUGUGACAUAUGCAACGUAGCGUACACGCAGGGCAGCACAUUGGACAUCCACAUGCGCAGCGUGCUGCAUCAAACACGUGCCUGCCGACUGCAGGAGCGGAGUCUGUUCACUGGCCAAUCAAACACGUCACAACAACAGCAGCAACAGACACAGCAACCCUCACCGCAGGGUGGCGAAAGCAAGAAGAAGAGCGAAUUUCCGCUCAUUCAUCCGAUUCCGGAGAGUCACGAUCAAUCGCCUAACAUGCUGGAUGAGGUGUCGAUGCGAAAGCUCAAGUCGCCAUCCGAGCAAGUGCAGCAGCAGCAACAACAGCUCCACCAACAACAAGCACUCGGGCCAUUGUUCUGCGGUGUGCCUGUUGGUGGUGGUGGUGGCGGUAAUAGUGGACCGGAUAAGCCUGAAAUUUGUGUCUGUGAAUGUUGCUACCAGGUAUUCCCGGGUAAGCUGAUGCUCGAGACGCACCUCGAGCUGAGCCCGGAAUGUUUGGCACAUCGCAAGAAGCUGCUCGACAACGCCACCGGUCUACCGGACCCGUCUGGUCCGAUCGGCUUUCCGACAGAUGGUGGUUUCCAGCAUCAUCAGGUACUCAGUGAACUGGCGAAGGUGAACGCACUGACCGGUGGGUUCGAUCUUGGUGCACCGGGUGAUGCUGCCGCACUGCUCGGUGCUAAAAGUCUUGUCCCAGCGAUGGACCCGGCAGCAACGGCUGCGGCAGCUGCAGCCGCCGCUAACCUAAUGGAUCCGAGCUUCCUGAAGAACGCAUCGUUGCUACAGUUUGCUGCCACCGAUCCGACCAGCAAGCUCAAUCCGAACGCACUGAACGUGCUUAACUUUAUGCAUUUUCAUCAUCUGAUGUCGCUCAGCUAUCUGAACCUAGCACCCCAGUUAAGCUUUGGUGGCGUACCGCCAAAGGUCGGUGGUGGUGAUCCCACCAAACCGGACGGUUCACCCGGUGCCGGAGGGCACGGUGAUCCAGCUAGCAAGGGUGGUAAGGGAUCCUCCGGUGCCUCCGUCGUACUACCACCGGUCAGCCUAAACGGUAAGCCGCUCGAUUUGAACCUGCUGCCGCACGGACUCGAUCCCAAGCUGGCAGCACAAUCGCCGCAGCAGCUCGGCCAGCAGCAGGGUCUCGGUCAACAGCAGGCACAGCAACAGCAGCAACCUUGCACACAGAAGCGGGCCCGCACACGCAUCACGGACGAGCAGUUGCGCAUCCUACGCUCACACUUCGACAUCAACAACUCACCGAGCGAGGAAAGCAUCCAGGAGAUGUCGCUGAAGGCGAACCUGCCGCAGAAGGUGGUGAAGCACUGGUUCCGCAACACGUUGUUCAAGGAGCGCCAGCGCAACAAGGACAGCCCGUACAACUUUAGCAUCCCACCGUCGACGAAGCUGAACGUGGAGGAGUACGAGCGGACGGGCGAGGCGAAGGUGACCGAUCUCGAGACGUCGUUCAAGUCAUCGGCCGAUGUUGGUGGAUCACUGUCACAGGAAAAUUCCUGCUCACAAGGUUCCACCGAUAUGAGUAAAGCGUUGAACGAAGCGAUGAAGCAGAACCUGUCCAAAUCGUUGCUAGAGUCGCUUAGCAAGCAUCAGUCCGCUACCGGGCAGGAUUUGGUCGGUGCAGCCGCAGCAUUCCACCUCAACAAAAGCCUUUUCCCGGACACAUUUGGUGGUGGUGGCGGUGGUGGUGGUGUAGUUGGUGUAGGCGGUGGUCCCGAUUUUUCCGGCCCGGAUACGGUCGGUUCCGUGUCGGAGUACUUCCAACGGGCGGCUGCCGAUGCGGUAGCACUGGGUGCAGCUGUUGGCGGUGGUCCAGGUUCCGUCGGCGGUCCACUGUCGAUGGCUAUCGGUGGUACGGUGGUCGGCGGUAACGGUGGAUCCCUUGUUACUGGUAACGGUGGUGGCGGUGGUAACGGUGGUGGUGGCGGUGGAGGCAAGAAAAAGAAAAUCAAAUCUGAAUCAUCGAACGACAGUCCGACGCCGGCCGAUCUGCAACUCGACUCGUCCAACUCCAGCCCGAUGCCGAUGCGACCGCCGAGCGCUAUCUCGCUAAAGAAGCAUAUGGCCACACCGCCGACGCUGGUCGUAGGUGAGGAGAUGAAGAUACCGAGCCCGAUCGAGAGCCCGGUCAUCUCGCCGCCCGGUUCGAUGGGGUUGCAUGCGCUGCCACCGCAAACCCAACCGAUCACCUGCUCGAACGGCAAACGGGCGAACCGCACCCGGUUUACCGACUAUCAGAUCAAGGUGCUGCAGGAAUUCUUCGAAAACAACUCGUACCCGAAGGAUAGUGAUCUGGAGUACCUGAGCAAGCUGCUGAUGCUCUCACCCCGCGUUAUCGUCGUGUGGUUCCAGAACGCCCGCCAGAAGCAGCGCAAAAUCUACGAAAACCAGCCAAACCCAACGUUUGAGUCGGACGAGAAGAAGGCGAUUAACAUCAACUACACCUGCAAGAAGUGUAAUCUCGUGUUCCAGCGCUACUACGAGCUGAUACGCCAUCAGAAGAAUCACUGCUUUAAGGAGGAGAGCAACAAACGGUCCGCCAAGGCACAGCUCGCCGCGGCCCAGAUCGCACACUCGUUCACGAGCGGCAGCGAAGACUCUGACUCGAGUCUCGACGUUAGCCGGCGCGAAUUUCAGCCGCGCGAGAACGACUGCCCUUUCUAGGAGCCGUGGGGUGGCUGGAGGGCGCCAGCUAGUAUGCAACACUAACCGCCCUAAGCCUCCCCCGAAUCCCCCACUCCCGGUUUUCCUUUCCCAUCCCCUUUAAUCUCCUGGGAUAAUUUUGCUUCCAUUGCCUGCAACCUAAUCCCACUCAUCCAUCCUUCCUUCCAAUCUCUCUCGAUCGUUUAAAACAAACACCUCGCACCUCUCAUGACGGUGUGACGAUUUUUUUAUCUUCGUAUUAAUUAUUUAAAUUUUUUUUCGUUGUUUUAUUUUGUCCUUUUUUUAUUUUGCAAUUGCAAUUGUUUUCCUUUCUUCGUCACACUGGCUGAGAAUUUUCGGUUUGUUUUGCGUUCUUUAGAUUAUUUUUCUUUUAUAUUUACCCAUUUUUUUAUCGGUGCGCUUUGCUUUAAAGCAGUACCGGUGCAGCGCAACGCUCGUCUCUUAAUAACGAUUAAUAAUUAACAAACAGCCACGAAAAAAACGUUUAAUUCCAUAUGCCCCCGGGACCCUUAGGUGGCCGGGUAAACGCCAUUGAAGCAUCGCGUUUCAAUAAUCGAUAGAUGUGUUAAUUUCCUCGCCUUCAAUUUGCUAGUGAAAAUAUCGUUAUUAUUGUUUUAUUUUAUUUUUUUUUAGUAAUCGAAAACAACAGACAAAAAAAAUAAUUUAUAGUGAUACACGUUCUUGAAUCGUUUUAUUCGUAUAUUUUUUUUAUUAUUAUAAUUAUUACUGUGCGUAAUGCUGUAGGUUUUAACAGUGACGUUUUCUUUUUUUGUAUUACUGAACAGAAAACUUGAGUUGUAAAAUUUGAAGACAAUGAGUCGAAAAUCCCCGCAUCAAAUGUAAUGUGAAAGUUCCUAAAACAAAAGAUCGCAAAUAUUAAGAAUUUAGUUAGAAGAAGAAAAAAAAACAGAGGAAAGUAAGAAACAGAAA